AUGGCUUCGGAUGCUUCUGAUGCUCUUGCAGUCAGGGAAAAGGUUCAGACAUUCUUAAAUGCUGCGCAGACUGGAAAUCUAGACCUCCUCAAAAAAUGUGCCCAGCUUCUUGAUGAUGGAAAAGGGUUGGCCCAGACGGUGGCGGCUAUCAAGGAUGCUAACAAGAGAGGGCCUUUGCAUUUUGCUGCGAGAGAGGGUCAGACGGAGGUCUGCAAGUACUUGAUAGAGGAGCUGAAGAUGGAUAUUAAUACGAAGGAUGAAGAUGGAGAGACUCCUCUUAUCCAUGCUGCCAGGCAAGGACAUACUGCAACUGCCAAGUACCUUGUGGAUAGUGGUGCCGACCCUUCUAUAGCGAGUGAUUUGGGGGCCACUGCUCUUCAUCAUUCUGCCGGAAUAGGAGAUGUUGAAUUACUAAAAUUUCUACUCUCCAAGGGUGUAAAUAGUGAUUUACAAAGUGAUGCUGGUUGCCCACUUAUAUGGGCUGCUGGUCAUGCUCAGCAAGAUUCCGUCAAAGUUCUACUCGAACAUAAUGCUGAUCCAAAUUGUAAAACAGAAGAUGACAUCACUCCUCUACUAUCUGCUGUGGCAGCCGGUUCAGUGGCAUGUUUGGAGUUGUUAAUUAAGGCAGGUGCAGCAGUGAAUGUUACUGCAGGUGGAGCAACACCUUUACACAUUGCUGCUGAUGGUGGAAGCCCAGAAAUCAUUAACUGCUUAUUACAAGCUAGGGCAGAUCCUAAUGUCACGGAUGAGGAUGGCUUGAAGCCAAUACAAGUGGCGGCUGCCAGAGGAAACAAGGUGGCUGUUGAAAUUCUUUUCCCCAUAACAUCUGCAGUUGCAUCUGUUCGAGAAUGGAGUAUUGAUGGAAUUCUUCAACACAUGCAACAUAAAUCGGGCAGAAGUGAGGAUGAAAAUAAAAGCUUGAAGGAAUCUAGCAAACUGAAGGAUAAUGCACUGUCAAAGCAAGAUAUACCGGAGGUAACAGCUGAAGCCAAGAAGAAGGCUGCUGAAGCGAAGGCCAGAGCCGAUGAUGCUUUUAGGAGGAAAGACUUUAUGGCUGCAAUUGAUGCUUAUACACAGGCUAUUGAUUUGGACCCAACUGAUGCAACAUUGCUUUCUAAUAGAAGUCUCUGUUGGAUACGUCUGGGCCAAGCUGAUCAUGCUUUAGCUGAUGCCAAAGCAUGCAAAGCUCUUAGGCCCGAUUGGCCCAAGGCUUGCUAUCGUGAGGGUGCUGCCCUUCGUCUACUCCAGAAGUUUGAGGAGGCAGCCAAUGCUUUCUAUGAUGGAGUCUUGCUUAACCCUGAGAAUAUGGAGCUUGUAACUGCUUUCAGGGAAGCUGUCGAAGCAGGAAGAAAAUUCCACGGCACGGAUCAGCCAAAACCUUGA